UUUUUUCUCCCCUUCCCUCCCAGUCUAUAGCUUCAGCAGACAUGGAUUUGAACCAGCUGGAGGCCUUUCUGACUGCCCAGACCAAAAAGCAGGGUGGUAUCACAGCAGAUCAGGCUGCAGCCAUAGCAAAAUUUUGGAAGAAUCACAGAACAAAAAUUCGAGAGAGUCUGAUCAAUCAAAGUAGAUGGGACAACACCAUGAAAAACAUGAACUGGAGAGUGGAUUUGAAAUCACAGUCGAGACACAUCGAUCAGAUAAAUACCCCUGUUGCAAUUGUUGAAAUGGAGCUGGGUAAAAAUGGACAGGAAUCUGAAUUUCUCUGUUUGGAAUUUGAUGAGGCCAAGGUGAAUCAAAUGUUGAAGAAAUUAUCGGAGAUUGAAGAGAGCAUAACGGCGCUGACGCAGACUACCUGACUGUUGAGCUAAAUAAAGAGAUUGUGACUCAGAAUGUAGAUGGCCUUAAUACUUGUUAAUAAUUUCUAUUUUUAUAUAUGAAAUUGUUGCCAUAAUCUUCUAGGGGCAUUUGAUCAUAAAAUAUUGUGAGCUCGUUCUACCACUCUGACAUUAGUGAGCACUUACUCAAAACAGGAAUCCCAUUGGAUUCAAUGAGACUGCUUAUCUAUGUGCGCAACAGCUAUGUAAGUCCUUGUGUGAGUAGCAUGGCUUUCUUUUUCAUGCCUCUUUACAUUGUGUCAAAUCGUUUUCUGAUUACUAUGACUCAUGAGAUAAAUUCUGGGCCGUGGUCAGUAUCCAUGGGAAACUAAAUGGUUCUGUGGCAGAGGAAGAAGACAGACAGUAGCUGCUCAGAAUUUUCCUUAUAAAGACCCACCAUGAUUAUUCUUUCCUGUUUUUAUUACCUAAGGGGGCAAACUGGCAUCUGAAGUGUGGGGUGCAGCUCUCUUGUGAUUGUGAAUAAAAAUAAACACAACGUCAGCUAACUACGAAUAGGUGAGACGAAGUGUAAUUGCCACAGGUGGAGAAAAAUGUCAAGGAGAAACAAUCAGGAAAUGUAUGCGAAUGAAGUUUACUAAACAGUCACGUGCAGAGACCUGAAGGUCUGGUUAGACUCUGAUUUGUACGUUGCACCCAUCACACCCUGAAUCUGUUUAACUAGCUCACUAGCACAUGCAUUUAGUGCACUAUUAUAAAGUUGUUAAACUCUAAAAGGAAGCAAAUCCAUCAGCCUUUCCAAAACACAGGGAAGAACUCACGGCAUACAUUAUAUUGAACCCUCUCUUUUUCUCAAAUAGGAUAUAAAUAGCAGAGCAAAAAUCCUAGCUCCCAGACUGCGAAUCAUCCCCAGUCACUAAUAAAGAGUUUCCUACAGUUUACCCUGUACCAAUGGCUUCUAGUAUAUAUUUGCCAAGUAAGCCCUACUACUGUCCUUCUCAUUUGCUAUUGGUUAGUGUAGGGGGCUCCCUGCUCAUUUGCUGGUUUUGUGCAUCCCUUUCUUAGGCACCUCUCUCUUCCCUAUCAGUCCUGGAUGCCUAAAUUCAGGAUGAGGAAUCAUGAUGGGGGCAAGCCGCCUAAAAUUUCCCUUUGUGAAUCUAGUCCUUCCCUCUCCUGCAGCUCUGCCUGCUCUCCUACAUUCCUUUGUGCUGCUCAGUAGAGACUUUUCUUUUUAUUGGCAGCGGAAAACAGGCACAUAUUAAGGGUAGAGGUUCCAGUGAGGCUUAUGGCUUUAAGCAACAUACAGAGCUAAACCUGCAUUAAUUGCUAUGACAGAAAUAGUGAUGACCACAUAAAACACAGUAAUGCCAGAAUUAAAGUGCAUUUCAUUGUCUUGCCAAGUGCUUGUGAAGAUGCCAGAUUGAUUGCACUUAGAAACUUCCCUUCUCCCUUCACAGUAUGGGGAAGGGACUGGCUUUCCUGUCCUCCCAAUCAGAAUAUAAAUGUACCUCUCUGGUUAAUCCACAACAUCUUCUUUGGGGCCCACUUCUCCCCAUCUGUCUUCAUCCAGCACUACUACUACUCAAGAGCUGUCCCUUCUGAUAUUUCCCCCUCCUGUGUCCGUUUUCCACCUUGAAUUCUCAGGUCCCUUUUUACCACUUCCUGGGCCUUUGCCACUUCUGUGGGCUUCACCGCACAAGAGUCUGAGCAGAAGCUACUCUGUCACUCAUUGCCAAUUUAUAUCCCACAAAACCCACGUGGAACACCUCACCCCAGAAAUUACAACUGCCCAAAAGGCGAGGCUCCUUCGGUCACCACCAUGUGAUCUGAUGGUCUCUUGCCAAAGCAGUGUGUGGUGUAGUGCUUCCUCUUGUCUCCAGCUCUGCAGGGGAACAAGGAGAGGAAACAGGACACCAAAGGGACACUGAGCUACCAGGUGGAGGUGUUUUAAGUGUGUGUCUUCUCACAUCUCAGGAGAGGGAACCAGUAGUGAGUGGGACCUGAAGAUUCUGGUAUCUCACUAGAAAAGGAAAUGUCAGAGCUAAGCAGGAGAUUAUGCUAGUCUGGGCAGCAGCAAGGCCUGCUUCCUUACAGAUCCUGAAUAAUGUGGCUAACCCCAGUGCUUUUUUGGUGGGGGAAAAAAAAAGUGCCAGUACUCCAGGGGAAAAGUUGCUGAGCUCUGACUGAAGGUGCCGGUACUGCGUACCGGGCAAUACCAUCACAAAAAAAGCACUGCCUAUCCCAAGGGAUCUUUUCUAUCCCUGAGUCUAACUUGUCUGUAGGCUAAUUCAGCUCUUGACCUCUGCAGAAAUGGCCAGCAAAGUUGCCUGCUAUAGCUGUUUGUGGAGGGAUGUGACAGGGAUGCCCGGUUUUGCUUACUCACAGUUUUAAUACAAAUCUUGCAACAUUUGGAGAUCUUAAAGCCCCAGUUCCAGGGGUCAUGUGAAUACAUGAUAAUCUCAGCUUUCAUUUUUUAAAAAUCUUGUUAAGUUUCCUGUGCUCAUGAUUGGGGAGGGUGGAGUGGAGAGAUCUUGAAAAUGUGUCCUGAGUGCACCCUAAAGCUUCAAUAAAGCAGAAGGCAAAUAAAGAGAGCCCAAACUUUAAUAUUUUUCAGAUAAUCUCAAUAUUUUGGGGGCUUGUUUUGUGAGUUUUCAGUGAUUAAGGUUGGCAUCACUAGACACCUGUCAGCGAGCAAAUGGCCUGUGACCACCUAACUCAUUUCUCAUAUAGGGCCCUGAAUUUUUGUUUACUGCUCAUGCCCUGGCCAUGAUUUUUACUAGAAAUACCUGUGACCAAACGGUAGCCUUAGUCUAAUCAGCAUGAACUGGGUUUGAAAUGGACUCAAAGCUGAUUAUCUGAGCUAAUGAAAGUUCAUUAAAAUGACCUACUACGUUUCAAGCAAGGUUUUUUUUUUAUGGGUCAGUUAAUGCUCAUAAUCUUAAACCACUUGUGAAGUGUAGUAAUUGUUAUACUUUAACAUGCAUAGGAAAAUGGGAUAUAAAUGGAAGUUAAAGAGAAACAAACUGAGAACAGAUGUCAGGAAGUAUUAUUUCAUGAAAAGAAUAAUAAAUAUGUGAAAUGGCUAACCAAGUGAGUUUCUCAGGAAAAAAAUCCUUGGGUUAUUUAAGAAAGAAUUGGGUACUUUCCAGCAAAAACCUGGGAAGCUAAAAGGAGACAUGUUUCCAUGGAUUUCAGUAACUUUCUCCCUGAGAUGUAUUCUCUCUCUAAUACAAUGCUUUUAACUUGCCUCUUCUGGGUAGUUGUACAUUAUCUAGCAGAUGUGAGAGAUAUUUUGUGCAUCUUGAGCCAAAUUCUGUCUGGCCAUCAGUGAGGUUGCAAGGGGGUGACUGGAAAGGAAAAACUGUCCCAUAUGCAGUAUUUUCCAUUAGCAGUAUUUCACCUGAGUACUUUAAUGCUAGGUUAGUAUGGAUGGUCGCAGAUCAAGUCGCCUCUCUAAAAGUGAAUUGCAGUUUUACACUUUAGGUGGAACUAAAUGGAGGUCUGGUUUUAACUCUUUUUUUGGUCAGGAUUUGACAUAUAUUUUUUUAUAUACAUAGAUGAUGAGCAAAACUUUCAAGAGCAGCUGAGUGACUACAGAGCCUAAGAGCCAUUGAUCUGAAAAAUCCCACAAGGCACAUCUCUAGGCAUCUAAAUUCCUUUGAAAAUCUGGCUUUUGGGCCCUUUUGCAAACAUCCAAUAUGAAUAAUGUGUCUAUAGAGCAAAGUCCACGCUGUGAGUUAAAAAACUCUUUCAGAUGAAAUAGUUUGAACAUUUGACCAAGAAUUAAACAAACCAGACAGUUGAUUCAGGGGUUUUUGUGCCUCUGUUGAAACGUGGAAUACUUUUUCAUGAACAAGACUGGGUGGAACUGAUGGUUCCUAUCAGUUCCACCUAGCUGAUGAAUUUGUCAGAUUAUUGAUUUGAUUUUGACAUUUUAGGAAAUGUUUAUAGUUUCACAUAAAUCUAGCUCAGAUUCCCAGAAAUCAUUAUAAACAUACUUCAGAAUAACGAGAAUGACUUGUUAAUGCAAUUGUGUUCCCAUGGAUGAAAAACUUUGUGGUCUGAACAAAUUAUCCCUUGGAGUCACACAAGGGAUGGAUUUGGCCUAUCACGACUGACCAGAAACAUGCCUGAAAUAUUCAGGAUAAAACCUGAAUUUAUUAAUUUAAUUUGUGUGCAUUAAUUUUCAUGUGCAUUUGUUUUAGCCAAAUUGAAAAGAUACGUCUGAGUAAAUAGGAAAAUUAAGGACAGACUUCCUCUUGCUCCAAGAUCCAGUCAUUGAAAGAGAAGAGUGGAUCCAUCAGGGAGUGAGCUACAGCCGCCUGACCCUUUAACAGAUCUGACAAAAUGGUAUAGCUGUUUUUUGUUUUGUUUUGUUUGUUUUUUAUAGAACUGGAAGGGACCUUGAGAGGUCAUCAAGUCCAGUCUCCUUCCCUUACGGCAGGACCUAGUACCAUCCCUUACUUAUCACUCUUACAAAUUAUCUUUUUCUUCCCUUUUGUACCAAGAAUUACUAUAAAAUAAAAUACACAGUUAAGUGA